AUGUUCAAGGGCAGCUAUUAUUUCAGUGGCAAAGGCUUUCAGAAGGUGGCCUAUACCUGCUUGAUGCUGGAGAAGUACUAUGGCAAGGAGCACAGCCACACGCAGUCUUGCGCCAAUCUGUUAAUCAGGGGCUUCCAAUGUCUCUACGCUCCAACCGUGCCUGAGUGCAACGGUGCUCCUUUGGGCUUGUACUACGACGAAGAGUGGCAUGGAGUGGCCAGUCGUGAGGGCUUCAGCGACAUCGGGUGCAGGAACGCGGACUUCGGGAAUGCAUGCUACAACGAUCACCACUAUCAUUUCAGCUACUAUGUGGUCUCCGCUGCCGUGUUGGUGAAGUUGAAGCCAGAGUUCGCUCAGAACCAGGACACGCACUUCCCCCAGUUCCGUUCCUUCGACUGGUUUGACCUUCACAGCUGGAGCCGUGGGGUGAUUCCAUCCGCGGAUGGUAAAGAUCAAGAAUCCACAUCUGAGGAACUCAACCUUCUGUACGGAAUCCACCUGUGGGGCAUGGUGUUGCAACGCGAGCCCUUGCGGGAACUCGGCACCACGAUGCUGACCCUUUGUGCCAUGACCAUCCGUGAGUUCUUCCUGAUGAAGGAGGACAACCCUCACCAUCCUGAGGAUUUUGUGACGAACCACGUCACAGGCAUUUUCUUCCAGAACAAGGUGGAUUAUGCCACUUGGUUCGGCUGGCGCUACGAUUUCAUCCACGGCAUUCAGAUGCUUCCGGUGACCCCUGCCCUACUGAUGAUCCGAACGCCAGAGUUUUGUCGCCAGCAGUGGGAUAACAUUCUCUCGCGCUUGCCGUUGAGUCCCACGGACCCCUGGACCUCGCUGCUCGUCACCGGCACCUUGGCGAUCAUCGAGCCCGAGGAAGCCUACCAGAGGUUGAACGCCAUGCUGCCUGAGCACAUGGACGACGGCCUGACGUGGGCCUGGGCCCUCUAUUGGUCCGCCUCGCUGUCCGGUACUGCCGGAGCUCCCAGCACCAGUCUGGUCUCCAGCACUGGGUCCACCGGAGCUGCAGAGGAGAACUUGGCUUUGUACCGACUGGCUGUGGCCUCUUCUGAGCUCUCUGCAGACUUCGCAGCCGCGCGCGCCGUCGAUGGCCUCUUCGUCACACGUUGGAGCCCCACUGUGGCAGAGCUGAGCCCGUGGAUCUCGGUCGACCUUGGAGCAGUGCACGCCUUGUCCCAUGUGGUGCUGUUGUGGGGUGAAUUCUAUCCCAGCAGUUACCUCUUGCAGGGAGCUAUGGCGAGUGACUGGACCACUCUGGCCGUGGCCCUGGGCUCCUCCGAGUUGCAACGCUUGGACGUGCACGGCACCUUCGCCCGCUGGGUCCGUGUGCAGUGCCAGAGCGGUGGCGACCUGCGACUCUGGGAGUUCCAGGUGUUUGAGGAUGCGGAAACACCUGUCAUCUCCACCACCGAGCCCAGCACCACAGCCAGCACUGCAACUACAUCGACUGCAGCAACCACAGCGACCAGCCAGGCUCAAAGCACAACCAGUGUGUCUGAUGUAGUCACCACGGUGAUCCCCGAAACCACCACAGUCGUGACCAGCACAGUUAGUGGGCCAUCCACUACAACUCCAUUCUAUGGACCGAAUCUCGCUUUCCAGAAGCCCGUUCUGUCCUCCUCCUUCCGAUCUGCCAUGGAACAUGCCUACAAGGCGGUGGAUGGUGACCUUGACUCCCAAUGGGCGUCAGUGGCGAUGAACGAUCAGUGGCUGUGGGUGGAUCUCUUGGGGCUUUAUGCGGUGAAUCGUAUCGUGCUCCUCUUCGGCGAUGUGCCGCAGCAGUUUGUGCUUCAGACUGCACCUGACGGCAUCAAGUGGACCGACCUGGCUACGGUGAACGGAGCUGACGGAUUUAUCAGCACUGAGUUCAGCCCACCUGCCUUGACGCAGUGGAUCAGGGUGGUUUGCCAGACUGCGUGCAGCAUUCGGGAGCUCACCAUCCAUGGCGAUGUGCCCGGGGCUAGCACAGCCCCGACCACCUCAAGCACGUUGUCACCAACAACUCCAGCGGUGUCAAGCACUCAGGAAGUAACAGGCACUUCAUCCUCUCCGCACACUACUAGCAGUGGAAGCACUGGAACUGUCAAUCGAGUGAACCUGGCGCAGCAGCGACCAGUGCUGGCCUCCAGCCAGCAGCUGCCAGAUGGACAUGUGAGUCGCAUGACUGACGGGUUGCUGAACACCCAGUGGGCCUCAGCCGUCGGAGAUGCGCAGCCAUGGGCCUGGGUGGACCUGUUGGGUCUCUACACUGUGGCAGAGGUGGCUGUUCAUUGGGCUGCAGAUGCCGCAGAGUACGAAAUACAGACCAGUCUUAAUGGUGUGCAGUGGACGCCCAUCUCUCCUCGCGCGUCAGCCCUCAGUGGACAAACCGUUCGGACAGUCUUUCCAGGGAACACACCUGCGACACAAUGGAUUCGCAUUGUUUGUUUAUCCUUCGGACCUACCUGCAGCAUCAAAGAGCUCUUUGUCUAUGACGUGGCCGGGCCCGACUCAGCAACCACGGCAGCUCCAGUAACCACAGCAUUGCCGGCAAGCACUGCUGCGCCAGCUGAGAAUGUGGCUUUGAACAAGCCGGUUCUUGCAUCAUCGUCCAUUUUGCCAGAUGAGUUUGCCUCCAGGGCAGUUGAUGGGCUCAGCAGCACGCAGUGGCGAUCGGCCGCAGGAGAUCAAUGGAUUUGGGUGGACUUGUUGGGGAGGUACACGCUUGAUCAUGUAAGGGUGCAAUGGGGCAACCAGCUGCCCAGCAGUUUCAACUUGGAGACAAGCUUCAACGCAGUCACCUGGGCCUCCGCUGUGGCCCAGCAGCAGCCGGAGUCCACAUCGCAGCGGGUGGACAUUGCCGCCACCACGCAGUGGUUGCGGGUCUACUGCACUGCAGGGUGUAGCAUUCAAGAACUGCAGGUCUAUGGCAGCCCCGCCACUGGCCGGCUGUUGGCAGACGAAGGGACCGCACCCAUUCUGGUGUAA